UUGACUCUUCAAAUUUGACUUUUCAUUGAUUGUUCACCUACUUUUGGAAUAUCGUUUAAGAGUUUAAUUUCUUCUCGGGAUUCAGAUAAUAUACAGAAAAUCAUUACAAGUAUGGGUGACAAUAUUGAUUUUGAACCUUUAGAGCCUUCUCUAAGAAAUGUUAUAGAACAGAAAUCAUUGCGUUGGAUUUUUGUUGGUGGUAAAGGUGGUGUUGGUAAAACAACAUGCAGUUGCAGUUUGGCUGUCCAGCUUUCGAAAGUACGGGAGUCUGUAUUAAUUAUUUCAACAGACCCUGCACACAAUAUUUCAGAUGCCUUUGAUCAGAAAUUUUCUAAGGUGCCAACUAAAGUGAAAGGAUUUGACAAUUUAUUUGCGAUGGAAAUAGAUCCAAAUGUUGGUCUAACAGAGCUACCAGAAGAAUACUUUGAGGGUGAAGCGGAAGCCAUGAGACUGGGCAAAGGUGUGAUGCAGGAGAUUGUUGGUGCAUUCCCUGGUAUUGAUGAGGCUAUGAGCUAUGCAGAGGUAAUGAAACUUGUGAAAGGCAUGAACUUCAGUGCAGUAGUGUUUGACACAGCACCUACUGGACACACAUUACGUUUGCUUUCCUUCCCCCAAGUCGUAGAGAAGGGACUUGGAAAACUGAUGCGCUUGAAAUCUAAGGUGGCACCAUUCAUCAACCAAGUUGCUUCUCUGUUUGGUCUCGCCGACUUCAACUCGGACAUGUUCAGUAACAAAAUGGAUGAAAUGUUAUCUGUUAUUCGUCAAGUAAAUGCACAGUUCAAAGACCCCAAUCAGACUACAUUUGUUUGUGUGUGCAUUGCAGAGUUUCUCUCGUUAUACGAAACAGAGAGGCUCGUGCAGGAACUAACGAGAUGUGGAAUUGACACUCAUAAUAUCAUCGUCAACCAGUUAUUGUUGAAAACGUCAGCGCCCUGUGAGCUAUGUGCCGCGAGGCAUAAGGUCCAAGAGAAGUAUCUAGAACAAAUAGCGGACCUAUAUGAAGACUUCCAUGUGACUAAAUUACCGCUGCUAGAUAAAGAAGUGAGAGGUGCAUCGGCUGUGAACUCGUUCUCUGAAUUUUUGGUCAAACCCUACGUACCACCACCUGCUUCGUCAUAGAAGCGCUUAGUUGUACUUGUGAAUAAAAAUGAUUAUGAAUUUCAGUUAAUAAUGUUAACAAAUCAUUUAUAUAGUAAAAAUAUAUUUAGUACUUAUUCCUUACAUUUCAUUUUUAAUGUAGGGCAGUUGUUAUUGCAUAAAAUCUAUAACAAGUAAAAAGAUUGAAAAAUCCUGAAGCAGAUCUACAUGCCACAGCACUGCCAUCUGUAUUUGUAAAGAUUCAUAUAUGUAUUCAUAAAUAUAUUUUUAUAACAUGUUGUUUUAAAAAUAUAGAAUUAUCAAUGAUAUACUAUCAUAAAACAUUUUUAUUCAUAAGUAAAAUGAGUCAUGCACUUAUCGACUUAUUCAUUCAUGACGAGUAUUUUUUCAUAUACUAUAAAAAGUUUAUAGGUAUAUAAACUUAUCAUCGUUUCUUGCGAAAUUCCAUUUUUUAUGUGAAGUUUCUGAUCUUUGGGUUCAAAACACACCUAGUAAGGAGUACCCACGCAAUAUUGCAGUUUUGUUGUGUUUGUCAAGCGAUAUCCGACUAGCCCCGCUCCUAUCGCAUUCAAUGUGAGUCUUAAUUUUUUUAUUCUAAAAUAUUUUUCAAAAUUGAAGGUGUAAGCUUAUUAAAGUGUGAUUGACCUUAAAAUGUGUAUCGGGUUUCUCUGCUAGUAUAAUUUAGGAGAAUAUCAAAGUGUAAUAUAUAUUAAAAGCCUUUGUAUACAUAUUGAAAUAAAUUAUAAUUGUUA